AUGGAGUGGAAAACAAGUGAAUGCUGGUUAUCGAGUUUCUUGGUGCACUUAUUUUUUAGAUGUGAUAUCGGACUGAUUGGCUUGGCUGUAAUGGGCCAAAAUCUGGUGUUAAACAUGCUCGACCAUGGCUUUAAAGUCUGUGUGUUUAACCGCACCGUUUCUAAGGUUGAUGAAUUCUUAAACCGAGAAAAAGAAAGAAAAAACUUAUGUGGUGCUAAAACCGCUGCCGAAUUAGUUAAGUGUUUGGCAAAGCCACGGAAAGUAAUGCUACUUGUGAAAGCGGGUCAAGCAGUUGAUGACUUUAUUGAAACUCUGGUGCCUCUCCUGGAUCCGGGUGAUAUCAUCAUUGACGGAGGGAACUCCGCUUUUACGGAUACCGAUCGUAGAUGCAAGUAUUUAGAGUCGAAGGGCUUGCUGUUUGUGGGUUCGGGAGUCAGCGGCGGAGAAGAGGGCGCGCGUCAUGGACCUAGUCUUAUGCCCGGUGGGAAUCCCAGAGCCUGGCCCCAUAUCAAGAACAUAUUCCAGUCUAUUUCGGCAAAGGUCGAAACAGGCGAGCCGUGUUGCGAUUGGGCAGGAAGCGGUGGAGCCGGUCACUUCGUUAAAAUGGUUCACAAUGGAAUAGAAUAUGGCGACAUGCAGUUGAUUUCGGAGGCGUAUUCACUGCUUACAAAUUACCUUCGCCUCUCAAUUUCAGAGGCCUCAAAGGUUUUCGAUGAAUGGAACAAAGGGGAACUUGAGUCCUACCUUAUUGAAAUAACUAGAGACAUCUUGGCAUUUGACGACGGUUCCGGAACUCCCCUUGUUGAGAAGAUCCGUGAUGUUUCUGGGCAGAAAGGGACUGGAAAAUGGACUACAAUUUGCGGACUUGAACGUGGUUGCCCAAUCACUCUAAUUGGUAGGUCGAGUUACAUUACCCUUGGGCUCUUUCCAUUCGAUCCUAUCAUCUCGCUAAUUAAUUUAGCUGAAUCGGUCUUCUCACGAAGUCUUUCAGCGAUGAAGUGCGAACGAAUGGAAGCUUCAAAAGUCUUGCCAGGUCCUCCUCCCAUCCCCGAAAUCGACAAAUAUUCCAAGACCCCACUGGACGCGAAAAAGUCGGAAAUC